GUUCAAAGCUCUCGCUCGAAACGUUGAUUCAGUAGUCGCUUCGAGAGCGCAGUAUUACUUAAAUUUAAACAGACGGUAGAUUGCAUUCAAGUAGUGUGAAAGUGAGUUUUAAUUAUUAAAUAAGUGACAAAAGACAACAGUGCAAUGUUCGACGUGUUCGGCUCCGUUAAGGGGCUGCUAAAAAUCGAUGCUGUGUGCAUCGACAAUAAUGUCUUUAGAAUGCAUUACAAAGCUACCGUCAUUAUUCUGGUGGCUUUCUCUUUACUGGUAACUAGUAGACAAUACAUAGGGGACCCUAUUGAUUGUAUUGUUGAUGAAAUACCCUUAAAUGUUAUGGAUACGUAUUGUUGGAUUUAUUCUACAUUCACCAUCCCUAAUAGAGUUAUAGGACGUAUUGGUGUGGAUGUGGUCCAGCCUGGAGUAUCCAGUCACGUUGACGGUAAGGACGAAGUCAAAUAUCAUAAAUACUAUCAGUGGGUGUGCUUUGCCUUGUUCUUCCAAGCUAUGCUGUUUUAUGUGCCAAGAUAUUUAUGGAAAACCUGGGAAGGUGGCAGAAUUAAAAUGUUAGUUUUGGACCUAAACUGCCCCAUUGUCAAUGAAGAAUGCAAAGCUGACCGCAAAAAACUCCUAAUCGAUUACUUCACAACGAAUUUGCACAUGCAAAACUUCUACGCGUUUCGUUUCUUCAUAUGUGAAGUGCUCAACUUUAUUAACGUUGUUGGACAAAUUUUCUUUAUGGACUUCUUUUUGGAUGGUGAAUUCAGCACUUACGGUAGUGACGUGCUUCGCUUUACCGAAAUGGAACCAGAAGAACGUGAAGAUCCGAUGGCCAGAGUGUUUCCUAAAGUAACCAAAUGCACAUUCCACAAAUAUGGUCCUUCUGGGUCGGUGCAAAAGUUCGAUGGACUUUGCGUUCUACCUCUAAACAUCGUCAACGAAAAAAUCUACGUUUUCUUAUGGUUCUGGUUCAUCAUGCUAAGCAUCCUCACUGGAAUUACUUUAAUAUAUCGUGUUUGUGUUAUUAUGGGCCCCAAAUUGCGCUUGUACCUUUUGAGAGCACGCUGUCGCAUUGCUGGACAAGAUCAAAUCGCGACCAUAGCAGAAAAAUGCGAAAUCGGCGACUGGUUCGUAUUGUAUCAAUUAGGCAAGAAUAUUGACCCGUUGAUAUUCAAAGAAGUCCUUUCGGAUUUGGCCAAAAAACUAGAAGGCAAAGAAUCGGUGUAGUAAUUUUACUUUGAGAAAAGUAUCCAAUUAGAAUUUGUGCCUUAAAAGACACCUGGACAGAGUCCAAAGCUAAUAAAUUAUGAAGAUGAAGCGCAAUGAGGGGGACCAAUUUAUUGAAACAAAAAUAAAGCUCUGUGAUUACAGAAAAGACUGUUUUCUUAAUAAUACAAUUUUUUUUUAUAGACUUUAGUGAUACACGAAUUAAUUCCUUUAUUUGUUUUUCUUUUUAAUCGACGUGGUAUUGUAGCUCAAGUGGUCAUUCCAGACAAUAAUCAGAAACAAUUAUAACUGCCAAUUGCCUAAUUAAUGUUUUAGAAAUUUUUAAAAUGUACAAUAAUAAUUGUAAUAAAUAAGCUGUAGAGAAACGGUUUUUGCCUUUAUUUUUUUUGAUUGGGACUCGAAAACCAUCAAAAAAAUGAUUGGCGAAAUCGCCAUUCUCUGUGAUAGAUCUGAUACUUCGCUUGUAUCAUUCUAGCAUUUAUUAGUUGACAAAUAAAUUAAUUAAAUAAUUGUGAUUGUUAGUUUAGGUUAGGUUAUAGAACAACUUCCAUACUGUAUAAUUAAGGUAUCAAAUUGUGUGUGUUCGAAUCUAUUGUAUUUUCUUUCUUUUUAAUCGUGGACCAAAAUGUGCCUUGUAUGGAUCAAUUAUUUUUUAAAAUAUUAAAAUGGAAAUUUUAUUUUAA